AUGCUUCUCUACAUCCUUUCACUGGUUUUGCUGAUCGACGCACUUCCUCCUGGAUAUCCAGACAGCAAGGAGCAUGGAUCUCGUCCAACGAUUCGCUCGCUGCCUGACGGCUCAACGGAGUAUAAACUACUCAUCGUCACUGACAUGGACAAAGAUUCGAGAGCGGGAGAAUGGACAUGGAGAGCUGUCACUCGUGAAGGUCUCUUGACGUUGAGCCCUGAUAUGACACACGUGAGCAUAACCUGGGACGAGAAGUCUGAAGAGGAACUUGACAUCUUCAGGUCGAUGAACAUCAAAGGCCGUGCUAUGGAGUUGUCUGACUUGUCGGUCUUCCAUAAUCGCAUACUCACCCCUGAUGACAGAACUGGACUAAUCAGUGAAAUCAAGAACAAUAAGAUGAUCCCUUGGGUAUUCCUCAAUUCUGGACCCGGAAACACUACCAGCCCCUUCAAAUGCGAGUGGAUGACCAUUAAGGAUGACGUGCUCUAUGUUGGCGGUCACGGCAAUGUGUUCAGAAAUAGAGAGGGAGAAAUUGUGCACCAGAACAACAUGUGGAUCAAAACUGUCACCCCUGAAGGAGAGGUUACCAACGUAGACUGGACAGAUGUUUACAACAACGCUCGAAAUGCUGUCGGUAUUUCUGAACCAGGAUACCUUACACAUGAGGCGGUUCAGUGGUCGGAAACACAGGGACAUUGGUACUUCCUCCCUAGAAAGGAGUCAAAGACUGUCUACGUAGAAGAAGAGGACGAGACAAAAGGCACGGAUCUCCUGAUAAUUGGAAACCCGGAUCUUGACCAAUUUGAAGUCAAGAGGGUAGGAAUACUGCGACCUGAACGCGGAUAUUCGGCAUUCGAUUUUAUUCCUGGUACCGACGACAAGAUCAUCGUUGCCUUGAAGUCCAAAGAAGUGACCGAUGAACCAGUCGAAACUUACAUCACUGUAUUUACCACUGACGGUCAAGUCCUUCUUGAUGAUCAGAAACUCGACGGCAACUACAAAUUCGAGGGACUCUACUUCAUUUGA